UUUGGCUCAGAACGCUUGAAAUAGUGACCGGUCUAGAAGCCGUGUUGCCACUAUGCCGAGGAGCAAUACCUUCAAUGCGGUGGCCGCCAGCAUGGUGCUGGGGGGCCUAUUCAGCAUUAUCCUGAUGGAAGAUCGAAUCAAGCAGGUCUUCAUGCCAGUUCAGGAGGCGCUGGAGGGGACCUGGUUCGCCAAGCUGUGGCUCUUAAUCUUGCUGAGCAAGGCACCAGAGCCCAGUCCGCUGGUGGUGCUUUUGGCGGCCCUGGUGACCUUCUUCCCUCCGGAGCAGCUUUGGCUGAGUAUGGUCGAGUCCAUGCCGAAGUUUGCCAUCUCAAGCGUCGACCCCACAGGUCAGGCCACGAUGAUGUCCCUGCUGCUGUGGGCGACCUUUUGCAUCGUUUACUUGGUCAAUGGCUUCCUGCUCUACGCCGUGGAGAUGGGCUUGCCUCAGACCAUUGCGGGCUACCGACUGCAGACGGUGAAGCCUGGCAGCCGACCGCCGCUGAAGGACUUGGCGGUGAACUUAGCGCGCACCUGCCUCAUAGUUCUACCAGUUCUUUUGUUGGCCUUGUUCCCCAUGUGGCAGAGACUUAGAGUGCCAAAGUCUCUUCCAGGGCCUUGGGAGAUGUUCUGUCACAUAGGUUUUGGUAUCCUUUGCAAUGAGGUGCUCUUCUUCUAUGGGCACUGGCUCUUUCAUGCCAACAAGUUCUUGUACAGGCAUAUCCACAAAAUCCACCACGAGUUCAAGGCGCCGAUGGGCUUGGCAGCCAUCUACUGCCAUCCCAUCGAGUUCCUCGUGGCGGAUUUGAUGCCUCUGGGUGCUGGUUUGGUGGCCGUGCGGACGAACGGCUUCACCGGGGUGAUCUGGAUGGCCUUCGCUGUCAUGGCGACGCAGACACAUCACUGUGGCAUUCGCUGGCCAUGGAUCGAUUUCUUUUCCUUCCAGGCCGAGGCGCAGCCCAACUUCCAUGACUUUCAUCAUGAGAAGUUCAACGUCAACUAUGGUGCCAUGGGGUGGCUGGACGACUUGCACGGCACCUCUUGGGACUGGAAGAAGGACUUCUGGGGCCGACGUGCCCUCCACACCGGCCCCGCCGCGGCGAAGGCCGCCUAGGCCCCGUACAGAACUGACCGUUGUGCGGAUCGUGCGCUGACCUCGCUCGAAGCAGCAGAGAAAAAGGGUCUGGGAUUCGGUGUUCCAAGAUGGGAACACAGCGGUGGGGACGGGGGUUUUUUGCGACAGUUUUAG